CGGCCUCGUCAGCGAAGGGAAACCCCSCAAAGGCCGGCACCGCCCUCACAGCCGCCGCGCCUCGUGCAGCGGUCUCGCCCCGCCCUGCGGGCCGUGCCGGGGCGGCGCUCCCGUUCCCACAGCGACGGACCGCGUCCCGUCCGGGCUGGGCACCACCGCUCCGGGCACCGCCGCUCCGGGCACCGCCGCUCCGGACAGCGCUCUCCUUCCUGCCCCUGUUCCAUCCCGCUGCUCCCUCCCGGCGCCAUGCACAGGCCGGGCCCGCUGCGGGAUCUCGACGAGGCCGCUGCCCGGGAGCUCCGGCAGCGGCGGGAGCUGCUGCGGCGGGAGCGCAUCUUCAACCCACGGAUCCGCACCAUAGGGGUUGAUAAAGAUGCAUUGGAUGCCCAGGUCAAGGAGAAAAAAAUGAAAGAAGCAAUUGAAAAAGCGCGACAUGAACAAUUUGCUCAUGAGAUGAAGAAAAAUGACAAGCUCAUCUGUCUGCUAGAYGAACGACAGAAAAAUGAAAUCAAAGAGAUAAAUAGGGCUUUCGUUGAAUUUCACAAGAAUUUUCAGAAGCCAGAAACAAGACGUGAAUUUGACCUGAAUGACCCACAAGCCCUAAAGAAAGACCUGCCUGCUCGAGUUUCAGACGAUGAUCCUCGGUGUUCUGUGUCUGGCAUGCAGAAGUUUGAAGGUGAAGACAUAAAUAGUGAAAAGAGGAAAAAGUUUCAACAGGAGCAGUUAAGAGAGUGGUCUCUUCAACAACAGAAAGAUGUGAAGAAUGCAUUAGCUGACCAAAAAUUUGAAGAUGAUCUUUAUGACAAGUUUAGGAUUGAACUUGACCGAAAGAUAAUGGAGGAACAAAGAAAAGAAGAGGAAAGCAGGCGUAUUAUUUGUACAGCUACUAAAAAUUUCAAUAAAAUCCAGGCUGCUGAACUAGAUUAUAAAAAUGAAUUGGAAAAGGCUCAAAAAAUAAAAGAUGACAUGGAUGAAAUUACCUCCCUCCUUCGAGGAGACUUACUUAAUGAAAACCCUGAGCAAGCAAUCGGUCGCUCGGGUAAACAUCCUGUGCUCGUGGAUCGAUGGAAGGGAAUGACUCAGGAGCAGCUGAUGGCAAUUCGUGAGGCUCAAAAGGAACAAGUUCAGGAGAAACUGAGAGUAAGAGAGCAGGAACGCCGAACAGAUGCUGAAUGGGACAGACAACGUCUCCAGGCUGCRAGAACUCUGUUGCUUUUUGAGCGGCAGCAGCAGCGGGAGAAUCGGGUACAGCGCCAAGAUUUGGAUGAUGUAAAUGCAGUGCUCUCUGAGGAGCAGAAGGCAAAGAACAUUUAUCUUAAAGAAGAAGCGUAUUCAAAUAUUCCAACUGAGGCGUAUUAUGCACAGUUUAAUACAACCACCCGGUGAUGAUCUGGAUAAAUCAACCUGAAUUAUACAGAAGUAUGUAGACAUAGUAAAAUUUUCAAUUGAGCAAUCCCAUGUUUUAUUAUUUUUAUCUGUUCCCUGCCCUGUUCAAACACAAACUAAAGGUUUGACAUUUGAAAAAAAGGGACAAGCACAACACAGAGGAAGAAAAUAYGGAGAGUCAAGGUAGGAAACUUAGUGCAUAAGGGAAAUGGAUGGUGGAGCUAACAAGGAAAUGAAAUCCAGAAGAAAAAGAGAUGACAUGGAGAGGUCUGCAAAAAGGAUUAGAAGACUGACCCUAGGAGUCAGAAGAUCUGAAAGAGGAGACAAAAUGAGAAUCAGACAAGAGAUUUAGCUAACAAUCCAAGACCUCUAAUAUUGUGAAGCUUUAACAAAACGAGAGUGCCCAUUUAUGAAAAUAGGUCUUGAACUGUAACUUGACAGCAUAUGGGACAUAAAUUUGGGGUAAAAACAUCCUGGUGAUGUUAGCUUGCAGUCCACUGAUUGUUCUUUGUCUGAGCAAUAAUGGUGACAUCSAACGAACUUUGUGGUGAAACAGGUUGAAGAAAAACCCUGAGGCUGAGGUAAACUCAAAUGAGUUAUUCUCAUCUGUGUGAAAAUAAUGAAGGAUGCAUGGUUCUUGAUAUAUUAUUAGGAGGAAUUAAAGAUGUUUGAAGUAAGCAUUUCUUGAAAUUUCAAACAGGUCGGUUUGCUCAGCUGAAGUAGUGCCYUGUGGGAUCAGACUAAUACAAUGUUAUGGCUGAUGCUGAUUAAACAGGAGUUUGGAAAAGAUCUGUCAUGGGAUUUUAGAUAGGUGAAAGAAAAUCAAGGAGAACAUUAAAAUGGUUAAAGAAGAKCCUUUCAACAUGAUAAUCCUAAGGUAAAAGAUAUGUCCCAAUUUUAGUACAUUGAUACCAUGGGAAUUAAUUGCAGUAUAGAUAGAAGCAAAGCAGGAAAGCAGUGUGGCUGAAAUACAGGAACUGAAGGGAAAGCUGGAAGAUGAAGUUGAGAGGGGAUCACACUUUCACUGUUAAUAAUGAGCUGGUCUACAAAGAAGUAAGAAGGAAUGAUAUUCAAGAGAUUCCAAUGUUAUAGCAUUUGGAGACCCAUUGAUUUGUCAGACUGAGAUUCACAUGUAGCUGGAUGCC